UAAAAUAUUGCACUGUCUGCCUGUGCAACGGCGAGACGACUUUCAAGUUACCUCAGCUAGUUUUAUCUCCUCAGUGAUUUUUGCAUUUUUAUUUUUGAUUUUUUUUUAAUUUGUUAAAAAUAUUCAAUUUGUGAUACCUCUCGAACAGUUCAAAAAUGUUCACUCUCAGGAAUACCGCUAAAUUAGGAUUAAACUUAUGGAGCAAGAGAUCGAUCGCGAGCCUGUCGGCGCUCUCGGAGACGCAUCAGAUGCUGCAGAAAACCUGCCGCGACUUUGCCGAUAAUGAGCUGAUUCCGGUGGCGGCCAAGAUCGAUCGGGAACAUCUGUACCCGGCGGAGCAGGUCGAGAAGAUGGGCGAGCUCGGGUUGAUGGCCGUUGCCAUCGAUGAGAAAUACGGCGGAACCGGUUUGGACUACCUGGCGUACUCGAUCGCCAUGGAGGAGAUCUCCCGUGGGUGCGCUUCGGCCGGAGUGAUUAUGUCGGUGAACAACUCUCUGUACCUGGGGCCGGUGGAUCGCUAUGGGAAUGAGGAACAGAAGCAGAAGUAUGUCGUCGGAUAUACCGAUGGCAAGAAGGUGGGAUGCUUUGCACUGUCUGAACCGGGUAAUGGGUCGGAUGCGGGUGCCGCGUCUACGGUGGCCACAUUGAAAGGUGAUCGGUGGGUGUUGAACGGAACGAAGUGCUGGAUCACCAACGCGUAUGAAGCGGAAAGUGCUGUAGUCUUUGCCACCACGGACAAGAGCCUGAAACACAAAGGAAUUUCCGCUUUUAUAGUACCUCGUGGCACUCCCGGUUUCACCCUUGGUAAAAAAGAGGACAAACUGGGAAUUCGAGGCUCCUCCACUGCCCAACUGAUCUUCGAAGACUGCGAAAUCCCAAAAGAGAACCUACUCGGCGAGCCAGGUUUCGGAUUCAAAAUCGCCAUGCAAACCCUGGAUGCCGGCCGUAUCGGCAUUGCCAGUCAGGCCCUCGGAAUCGCUCAGGCAUCCCUGGAAUGUGCUGUGGAUUACGCAAACAAACGAAUCGCCUUUGGCAAACCAAUCUCGAAACUGCAAGCCAUCCAGCAGAAGAUCGCCGACAUGUCGCUAAACCUCGAAUCGGCACGCUUGCUGACCUGGCGCGCAGCUUGGUUGAAGGACAACAAGAAGCCGUACACGAAGGAGGCGGCCAUGGCCAAACUGGCAGCCUCGGAAGCGGCCACAUUCUGUGCGCAUCAGUGCAUUCAGGUGCUGGGCGGAAUGGGCUACGUGUCGGAUAUGCCGGCCGAGCGACAUUACCGUGAUGCACGAAUUACGGAGAUCUAUGAAGGCACUUCGGAGAUCCAACGACUGGUUAUUGCGGGGCAGAUUAUCAAGGAACUGUCUGCGUAGGGAUGAAAAAGGGUAGACUUUAUUUUGUUUGGUUAAUUUUCUUCGUUUUGACUUUGUUUGUAAAUUUAGAUAAGGGUAUAAUUUUAUUCCUAUAGAAAUAUAGAAAUAUAAACUAUUUAGAAA